UCGCGGUGAGUGAGAAGAGGGAAAACAUUAGCCCGGGUCUUUCCAUCAGAUAAACAAUGAUUGAGUUGAUUUGUUUUCUUUUUUAAUUGUUCUUCUAAUUGCCUGUGAUUUACUUUGAUUCUUUUUAAUUAUGUUUCAAGAUUCGGUUACUAAACAUCCGUUGAAGAAACGAGUCUUUUACCUCGAUGUGAAAAGUCACCAGAAUAGAAACAGAUUGAAAUCUUAUUUGACCAAAUUAGGAGGGUUGGUCAGUGAAUUUCUUGAUUCAAAAGAGGUGAGAUAUCUGAUUACUGAUCGACAAUCGAAAGAUUUGGUAAGAGAAAAAAUUCCAAAUGGUCAAGAUGGACCAACUCAAGGAAUUACACCAAGUAAAAAGGUUAACGAUUUAUUGCCUCGGGGUAAACAAUUCGCACUUGCUGCUCAACCUCCUCCUAGUAGUAAUACAACAAAUGAACAUAAUAUCGAUGUUAUCGAACUUGCUAAUCGUCGUGGUAUCAAAAUAUUGUCAGCACAAACUUUUAUAGAAUUUUGUCUGGGUUAUAUUAAUGAGAAAGAUAAAUUACCUUCUCGUCAGUCAUCAAGCUCAACAAAGACUAUUACUUAUUUUAAGGGAAAUUUUAUUAAAGUUGAAGAAAUGGAAGAAAAAUAUAAACCUUCUGCAAAAAUAUUCACAGAAUGGCCUCAAAUAUAUGUAAACACUGAUCCAUUUGUGUGUCCAUUCAUCCCACCUUCAAAAGUGAAAAGAACCUCAUCAAUUGGUGAUAUAAAUAAUGCAAGAAAUAAUAACAAUAAUCCAACAACAAAUGAAACUGGUGGAUUAGCCAAUUUAUCUAGUAAAAUGCCUCCAACACCCGAACUGCGUGGUGAUACACCGAAACCAAGUACAAAUCAACGGAUUAAUGAUCUCAGAAUAAAUAAUGGACCAGUUCGGAAACCAGAUACUUUGCAAUAUUGUGAGAUAUGUGGAAUAACAUUUAUAAACAUGAAUGAGCAUAUCGCUUCUAAUACACAUCAAAGUCAUCUUAAACAAGAAGAUAAUUUUAAAGAUUUAUUCAAUGUGAUGAAGUCUCUACCAAAGUGGAUUGAGGAUGAUGAAGAAAUUCAAAAUGUUCCAAGUGACAAUAGCAUUUGUGAUUCAUCUUAUCCUGUUUAUCCAUCUCUAACACCACCCACAUCAUCAAAACUAAUCACACUCACCCCUGGAUCGACAACCGUUAAAGCAAUCGGGAAUAAGACAAGUGUUAAAGCCUUUUUAUCUUUGCAUGAUCUUUACAACAACAACAACAACAACAAAAUCAAUUCUAGUUUAAAGGUAAACUAUCAAAAUGAUGGAUCUGUAACAUCAGCAAUGAGAAAAAAGAUCAGCAUCCUGGGAAACAGCAACAAUAAUAAUAACGCCAACAACAUUGCCGCCAAUGUGAAUGUACAAAAUUCCCGAAAUAAUCACAGUUUCAAAAUCGCUAAUCUAAUCUACAAUAAUAACAACAAUAAUCACAAUAAUCAUAACAAUAAUCAUAAUAAUGAUACAAGUGAGAAACGUAAAAUAAUUGGAACCAAAUUAGUGGAUAAAUUUAAUUUUGAUCAAUUGUUCAGUGAUGAUGAAGAUGAAACUGGUGAUGAUAUGGUGGAAGCAUCUUGUUUCACUCCUCCACUUUUACCACCUUUACUAUACCCGGAACUGGAUAUUCCUGAAGAGAAUCUAAAAGAUCAAUCGAUUAAAGAUCAUUUUGAUGUGGAAAAUGGUAACUACACUGAUGCGGAAUAUGAUUUCGACGAGGAACUGUUCGCUUCUUUCGAGAAAGAUGUAUCUGUUGAGUUUUAGAAAAAGAAAAGCUAAGGUUUAAUCCAAUCAACGAUUAACUCUUCCAAUCAACUCAAUCAAACUGAAACAAUCAUAAAAUGUAACUAAUUAACAAGCUCUUUUUUCUCACUGGAUUAACGAUAAUCAUCAACACAAUCAACUUUUUCUUUGCCGAUUUAAUAAUAAUUCAUAUGUAUAAAAUUGUGAAAAAUCAAGUCUUUUUCAAUUCUUGACGAUAAAAAUGAGAAUUCAACUUAAAGUGAGUUCAGAAUUUAUUAUUUAUUACUUUA